CCUGUACUGUCCGCAGUCUCUUGGUCAUCUCCUGUACUGUGUGCAGUCUCUGGUCAUCCCCUGCACUGUCCACAGUCUCUGGUCAUCUCCUGUACUGUCCGUAGUCUCUGGUCAUCUCCUGUACUAUGUCCACAGUCUCUGGUCAUCUCCUGCACUGUCUGCAGUCUCUGGUCAUCUCCUGUACUAUGUCCACAAUCUCUGGUCAUCUCCUGUACUGUCUGCAGUCUCUGGUCAUCCCCUGUACUGUGUCCGUCUCUGGUCAUCUCCUGUACUAUGUCUGCAGUCUCUGGUCAUCUCCUGCACUGUCCACAGUCUCUGGUCGUCUCCUAUACUAUGUCCGCAAUCUCUGGUCAUCUCCUGUACUGUCCGCAGUCUCUGGUCAUCCCCUGUACUGUCUGCAGUCUCUGGUCAUCCCCUGUACUGUGUCCGCAGUCUCUGGUCAUCUCC